AAUAUUGCCAGACUUGUCCUUUAACCUUCAAUAUGUUUACCCUAAAAUCUUACAGACUAAUUAUAUCCAUGUAGCCUGCUGUAUGUCUCCCAACACCUGUCUAUAAAUAACUGUGUGUAUUUAUGUGCAUGGCGGAUCUCGAUUGUGAUUGGCCGUCUCUCAGUGAAGGACGGUGGAUCGUAUUGGUGCAAUCAAGUGUCAGUUAAAGGACACGGAGAAGUACUUGUUUAAGAAUGUCUUCGCAUCCCGGAGGGGCGGUGCGUUGAGGGCGCUGCGUGCUCCGCCCGCUUGGGAUGUUUGGUUUACAUUCUGAAAUCAAACACAAAGUAGUUUUGAAGUGUGAGAAGCGCAAGUCGGCUGCGCUCACGACUUUUUAUACUUUUAUAAAGACGAGACAGUUCAGACUGAGUCGAAGCACGUAGAGGAGGAUGAGAUAAACAACUUUACCUUGUGGACCUGAUGGGACGGACGGGAGACAGGAUGCUUCACAGGAACCUGCUGCAGGCUGCCUGGCUGUGCUGUCUGUUGGCUGUUCGGGUGCACAGCUGUCCAGAUACCUGCAGCAAGUGUUCAGGCCCAGAAAACGACCAGUGUGAGGAAUGCAGAGCGGGAUGGACGCUCCAUAAUAACACCUGUGUAGACGUUGAUGAGUGUGGCACCGAGCUGGGUGUCUGUCCUGCAAACAGCUACUGCUUCAAUACAGAUGGAUCAUUUGAGUGCCGAGACUGUUCCCCGGCCUGUGUGGGCUGUAUGGGUAGCGGACCAGCCCGCUGCAGGAAAUGUGCCUCUGGGUACACACUGACAGGGUCCAAGUGUGUGGAUAUAGAUGAAUGUAGUGACAGGGUACUUGCCUGUCACGGUCUGGAUGAGAUCUGUACCAACACGGAGGGCUCUUUCCGCUGUGACUGUGCUGAGGGAUUCAUCCAUAAAGACGCCGUCUGUGUGAAGAAGCAGCAGUCUAGUGUUCAGGAGAAAGGUCUGUUUGAGGAUAUCCAGGACGACGAGGUGGAGGUGCUGCAGCAGAUGCUCUUCGGGGUGGUGCUUUGUGCUCUGGCCACACUGGCUGCUAAGGGAGAUCUAGUCUACACAUCGGUAUUUAUGGGAGCAGUGGCAGCCAUGGCAGGGUACUGGCUCUCUGACAGGGGAGACCGUUUACUAGGCAGCUUAAUAAAGGGACGUUAAAGCUGUUGCAAAUAGACUUAUACAUUUCAUGUGUCGCUGCUCGGCAAGGCCUUGACAAUCAAAGUUCAGACAUAGCAGAUUAUUCUUAUGCAUUUACUUGUAUUAUAGAUGAUAUAAGUUAUUGAUAUGAAGUUAGCUUCAUCUUUUAAAAGUAAUUCUGUAAUAUCACAGAGCUGGGCAAAAUGAGUGGGAAUGUUUAUUGUUGACCUUUAAAUAUUAGUUUGACAAAGCUUAAUUCAAGUGGCACUGACCAGCUUGGUCCGGAGCUUUUCAACUGUAUUUAACUGCCUUCAUCCUUUGAUUGAGUUUGCUUUGUCAUCACAAACUCCAGUCUCACUGAUGAAGACGGCAAGAGGCUGUUGAAAGUGGUUAAAGCGUUCGGGUUAUUGGCCAAAGGGAAGGUAAAAGACUUUUAGACAAUUGUACCAUUUUCCUGUUCCGAGUUGAAAAUCAGCACCAAUCGUCUCAUGCUUUUUUAAAAUUGUUUUCAAGCAGCUAUCUUGUUCUGGCAUUUGGAGCCACCAAUGUCCAAUGUUGUC